GCACUAAAAUUAAUAAUUCAUUAGCAAGAUAACAUUUGCAUAGACAAGUGGGGUCUUUGGUAAAACAGCAGUAAACUUCAAACUCUGACAAACAUAAGCAAAAUGACGUCCAUAAAAUUCGCUUUCGCUUUGCUAGCCAUGGCUGCGGUAGCCGUCGCUAAGCCUUCGUAUCCUCUUGCACUGAACCCAGCCAUACCGGAUCAUUUCGAACUGGCUCCGCCCGUGCUGCCACCAACACAUUUCCACGCAGCUGCACCUGCUCCCGAACCCUGGUUACCUGAACCUCAUUUCCAUGCUGCUGCACCUGUACCUGAGCCUUGGCUGCCAGCGCCUCAUCUAAUACCAGCACCUGCUCCAUUCCUUCCUGCGCCAGCGCCACUGUUGCCAGCUCCUGCACCGUUACUUCCAGCUCCUGCACCAAUUCUACCAGCUCCGGCCGCAUUACUGCCAGCUCCUGCUCCAGUCCUCCCAGCACCCGCCCUUUUACCAGCUCCCGUAGUACAUCAUCAUCACCAUGUGGUGCCCGCUCCUCUCCCCGUACCGGUGCCAGUGUUGCAACCCGCGCUCGCCCCUCCAGUAUUGGAGCCUGCAGCUUUUGUAGCUCCGUCAUACCGUGCCGUGCUCGGUCCCAAAACCACCACCCAUCACGUGUCAGUCGGUUAUGCUUUCCCCACAGCACAUGUGGCUAAAAUAGUGACACCUCACGCUCAUCUCCACUCCGUACCUGUGCACUCGGCUAAGCUGUUGGCUCACCACCACCACCACUCACUCUUCUAAUUUCCUUUGUUUCAAAGAAAAAGUGAUUAAUUAGAGGCAAAAGGAUAUUGAUAUGGAAGCAUAUCACAAGCGAAUAGUACCAAAGUCAUUUAUGUACAUACCAUGCAUCAGUAUGUCAGUAUGUAUAUACCAUAGAGUUUAAGUUUUACUUUUACUCGAUUGUUAAUUUAUUUAACAUUUGUUAAUUUUAAUUAUUUUUAUUUUUUUCGUAUUUAUUAUUUGUAAUGAUAGUUACUUUUCUAAUGAUUACACAACCCAAGUAAUCGAAUAACUAGUACAAUGAAAUAAACAAGUUAAUAUUAUUAUACGUGCAAA